ACCGAGCUUAUUCUAAUCCUUUCAGGCCAUAAAAGCGAAAAUGGAGGAGCUUAGACCGUUGAUACCAGUGUUGGAGGAGUACAAAGCCGAUGCCAAAUUGGUAUUGCAGUUUAAGGAGGAGGUCCAGAAUCUGACGUCAGUUCUAAACGAACUUCAGGAGGAGAUGGGGGCCUAUGACUACGAGGAGCUCCACAACAGAGUGUCAAAUCUUGAGGAGCGACUCCGCGGGUGCAUGCAAAAAUUAGCGUGUGGCAAACUGACAGGCAUCAGUGAUCCUAUCACCAUAAAGACAUCCGGGUCCAGAUUUGGCUCCUGGAUGACCGAUCCUCUGGCUCCAGAAGGAGAUACAAGGGUGUGGUACAUGGAUGGUUACCACAACAACCGUUUUGUGCGGGAGUACAAGUCAGUGCACGACUUCAUGACUUCGGACAAUUUUACAUCCCAUCGGCUACCCCAUCCUUGGUCUGGGACGGGUCAGGUGGUCUACAAUGGCUCCAUCUACUUCAACAAAUUCCAAAGCCAUGUCAUCAUCAAGUUCGACUUCCGUACCUCCUCCAUCAGCAAGUCUCGGCAGCUUGACUAUGCCGGGUUCAAUAACGCGUAUCACUAUGCCUGGGGAGGUCAUUCCGACAUUGACCUGAUGGUGGAUGAAGGUGGCCUGUGGGCAGUAUAUGCCACCAACCAGAACGCUGGCAACAUCGUCAUCAGCAAGUUGAACCCCAACACACUGCAGAUUAUCAAGAGCUGGACCACCAACCACCCCAAAAGGAGCGCUGGAGAGUCCUUUAUGAUCUGUGGCACACUCUACGUCACCAAUGGCUACUCAGGAGGUACCAAGGUCUACUACGCCUAUUCCACCAACUCCUCUACCUAUGAGUACAUCGACAUUGCCUUCCAGAAUAAGUACUCACAUAUCUCCAUGCUGGACUACAACCCACGUGACCGCGCCCUUUAUGCCUGGAACAAUGGGCACCAGGUCUUGUACAACGUUACGCUGUUUCAUGUCAUCCGCUCGGAAGAGCUGUAACUAUGGACAAUGGAUUGUAUACACACAUACAUGUCUGUGUAGGAA